UAGACACGCCCUAUCGCAAAUACUGGACUUCUAAUCUUUAAUUUGAACUUGGGAAACGCAUCUCUUCACAUCUUAGAUCUAGGUAUGCACAAGCAUAUCUUGCAUGAGUUUCGGUUUUAAACACUUUCAACUAAUUACCCUCUCGCAGGCCGCGGCGUAUUGUUUACAGGUAGGUGAUGUUGGUAGGUUUGCUGCUACUAACGAUUUGUAUAGAAUUGCUAGAGCUUCCGAAGAAAACUUUUCUCUCCCCGUCCUCUUCGAUUCUCCUGUUCUUUUGUCUUUGCACACUUCUUUAGCUUUCAGUCACUCAUUUGUCAUAUAUACCAACCACAUUCGUUUCUAAAACCUUGUAAAGAACCAUGCAACUUUUCAAUUUCUCUACUGGGACUCUCCUCCUGAGCUUUGCUUUUGCUCUCCAAGCUCUUCCAGUCCAGUAGCCUUUCUCGUCUUAAUGAAUUACUCUUACACAAACUGACUUGUAAGCAGACCUGAAGCACGAGGAGCACUUGAAGCCCGAGGGGGUCCGGUUCCAAUUCCUCCUGCACUCCUGAGAUCCAUGAUGACCCGCCUCGAUAAAACCCAUCGUGGCCAAAAGAAUUGGGAAUUAUUGAAACAUCAGCGCCUGACGGAAAUAAUAGGCGUAAGAAAACCCCCGAUGAAGGACAGAGCAAAGGAGCAGUUCUUCAAACCGUCGACGCUAGACAUCCAAAGGUCGCCCAACCAUGCUCCUACGACAUACGAUGCAGUGCUGUCGGGAAUGACGACCUUGUCCUCGUCAAAGACGCCAAAAUCAAAUCAAAAAUGGUUCCUGGGUGAUACCGAUGGUUUGACUUUGAAUGGAAGAACGAGAUCAUGAAUGAGCGUAUGUGGCGAAGAGGUUGGAGAACAUAAACAUUACUUAUUUAUAAGUAUGCUAUCAUGUAUAAUGAUUAUUAAGACGCCCAAUACGUCUGAAACUGUUGGGAUUUUCUGAAGAGGUAAUACUUCUCGUGUCUAUAAUUGUUACGUCGCUAGAAGCAUUAGAAUAACC